UCCUGUGUCGUCAUCAACAUGCGACCAAACCUGGAGCGAGAAGUGGGAGAUUCGAAGUAGCAAAACAAGCAACGGUAAUUUCAUAUUUCAUUAAACAAAUGCCAUCUACGAUUAGUUAAAAACGAAAAAGGAAAACCACGACAUCGGAGUAAGCUGUCUAUUUACCACCAGAGGCGGUGUGCUCCCGGUAGAGGCGGUGUGCUCCCGGUAGAGGCGGAGUGCUCCCGGUGAAUUUUUAGCAGCAUGGCGACCCCCAGUAAGACCCCGCCAGGUUCUGACCCCAAGCAGCUGGAGAGGACCGGGACGGUCCGGGAGAUCGGCUCUCAGGCGGUGUGGUCUCUGUCUUCCUGUAAACCAGGUUUUGGUGUGGACCAGCUGAGAGAUGAUAACUUGGAGACAUACUGGCAGUCUGAUGGAUCCCAGCCACACCUAGUCAACAUCCAGUUUAGGAGAAAGACCACAGUGAAGAUGUUGUGUAUGUAUGCAGACUACAAGUCAGACGAGAGCUACACCCCCAGUAAGAUCUCUGUCAGAGUAGGAAACAACUUCCACAACCUGCAGGAGAUCAGACAGUUAGAGAUGGUAGAGCCUAGCGGUUGGAUCCACAUCCCCCUUCUGGACACAGUCAACAACCCCAUCAGGACGUUCAUGAUCCAGAUAGCUGUGUUAGCCAACCACCAGAACGGCAGAGACACGCACAUGAGACAGAUCAAAGUGUAUACCCCCGUGGAGGAGAGCUCCAUCGGCAAGUUCCCAAGAUGCACCACGGUCGACUUCAUGAUGUACCGCACCAUCAGAUGACACUGAGGGUUCCGGGUGGAACCUCCUCAGGGUUCCGAAUAGAACUUUCCAGAGUUCCGGGUGGAACCCUUAAGUGUACAGUGGUGACAAAUAAGGGAAUUGGAAUGCUAAGUUUUUUUUUUUAAGUGAAAUAUUAUUCUAAUUUUCAAGUUAACCUGAAAUCCUUUUCAUUUAAGAAUUAAAUGUAGCCAAUCAAUGUAUUAUGGUCUCGGUCUGUAUCCCAAAUAGCACCCUAUUCCCUAUAUAGUGUACUACUUUAGACCAGAGCCCUAUUCCCUAUAUAGUGUACUACUUUAGACCAGAGCCCUAUUCCCUAUAUAGUACACUACUUUAGACCAGAGCCCUAUUCCCUAUAUAGUGUACUACUUUAGACCAGAGCCCUAUUCCCUAUAUAGUAGACUACUUUAGACCAGAGCCCUAUUCCCUAUAUAGUGUACUACUUUAGACCAGAGCCCUAUUCCCUAUAUAGGCUCUGGUAUAAAGUAGUGCACUAUAUAGGGCCCUGUCUAAAGUAGUGCACUAUAUAGGGAAUAGGGCUCUGGUCUCUCUGUGUGUUAUUGAUGUUGUUAAUUCCAUAUUAGUCUGAUGGCCUUUCGGUUGGUGUCUGAUGUGAAGAUGAUUUGCAGACUUCAGCGAGACCAUUUAAGGUUUUACUCCCCGUGUGACUAGACCUGCUGUCUGACUGGGAAUGAAUGUCAAAUGUAUGUAUGUAUCUCUCUGUCUGUUGUUGAAUUAAAUGUAUUUUGAGUUUGA